GACAUGGAAAAAGUUGUACGACAAUUGCCUCGUCUUCGAGUGCUUAAUUUACAUAAAUGUCCCAAGUCGAAUAGGAUUUUAGUUUUAAGUCUUCCGUGUGUUUCUAAAUUAUUUGUGGAAGAAUGUGAUGAGAUAGUGUUAAAAAGUGUAAUUGAUUUGACAUCACUAACCAGCUUGAAAAUUAAGAGGGUUAGAGGGCUAUGUAUACUCUCAGAAGAAGUGGUGCAAUUUCUGGUGGCACUUGAAAUAGUUGAAUUUAAAAAAUGUGACCAACUGUUAACUCCGUGGGAGAAUGGUUUGACAUUGGGGAAAGAAGAUACAUUGCUGCUACUACCUUUUUGUAAACUUAAAAGUUUGAAAAUAAGAGAGUGCGCCAAUCUGGAGAAGCUACCAAAUGGGUUGAACAACCUAAAGUCUCUUAAGCGGUUGGAUGUGAUUGGGUGUUCAAAACUUGUGCGCUUUCUAGAAAAUGGUCUCCCACCCUUUCUUAGCUGGCUUAAGCUUGAAGAUUGCAAGGGCUUGAGGUGGUGUCCAACAGACACGUUUCCCACCACACUCAAGUAUAUUUAUAUUAUAAAUUCCAUGGAAUUGGAAUGGGUUUCAGAGACAAUGGUACACGAUGAGAAGAGCAGCAGCAGUAGAAACGGUAUGUCAUCGCUUGAAACCAUAUCCAUGAUUAAUUGGCCAAAUAUGGGAAGGUUAGUUGGGUGCGUCAAACAUUUUGCAAAUCUCCUUAGACUGUAUAUAUGGAAUUGCGAUAGUUUGGAGUGCUUCCCAGAAAGAGGUGGUUUAUCUUCCAUUCCCCUAACAACACUUCGUAUCUGUAAGUGCGUGAAUCUGAGGUCUUUGCCGCCGUUCGAUCAGAUUCAAAGCCUGGCAUACCUCUAUUUAGAUGGUUGUCCAAAUCUUGAGUUGUUUGGCAAUGGGAAGAGGAAUGGGAAUUUGCCCCCACAACUUGUUACAAUUACAGUUGAUGGUGAUUACGGGAAGCCAUCCCUGUCAGAGUGGGGCCUGCACAAACAUUCAGCAUCCAUCGUGGAUUUUCGGAGAUGGUUUGCUUUCCUGAUGAAGCGUUGUGUGUGUUUCCUGCAAAGUCUAACCGAGUUAUUCAUCUGGAAUCUUUCGAAUGUGGAAUGCAUAUCAUCAAAGGGGUUCCGAAACCCCACUUCUCUUCAACAUCUAGAUUUCUACCAUUGCUCUAAGCUUCCGUCCUUGCCCAUGGAUGUACUGGCUUCCACGCUUCAAUCGCUGAAAAUAGAAAACUGUCCAAAUCUAAAAGAAGGGUGUAAGAAGGAAAGAGAAGAUUACUGGCCAAUGAUUGCCGACAUCCCUUGCGUGGAGAUAGAUGUCCCUUUCAACAUAGAUGAAUUCAUUUCCUAGUGAUUUGGGGAAGAUGAAGCCCAUUCUAAACUCACAUUAACUAUUCUUCUUCAAUUGCAAAUUCCUGCUCUACUCUACGUGCAUUGAGAAAAAAAAACAAGCAAUCCUUUUGAUUUCUCUGAGUCUCUUGCAAAAAGCAAUUGAAUUCUACUGUAUACGCUUUUGGCAUUGUGCUCCUGCUCAACUUGUCAUGGAGAAUGUCCAGGAGUAUCUUCAACUGCUGUUGUUUUCAGGUGGUGAUUCUCUUUUUCAAUCGCAUUGUUCUGCGACCCCAACUUAAUCACGGUGGAGGCAUGUAGAAAUUCCAGACACAUCAACUCAUUUCAUUGAUGGGUUACAUGUGGGGCAGCUCAUUCCUUAGCAUGUUUAUGCUAUUCACAUGUAAUUGUUGGUUCUUUGCUUUUGGCCGCUGGAAUCUUGAUUAGGCACUGUGAUCUCUCUAUAAUUCUUCAGCAGUAGCAUAACUUACUUUCUUACUAUUUAUGUCAGCCUUGAGGUAUUUCAGAAAAUCUUGGACUUUGUGUCUGUUAAGAAUUACUGUUUAGCCUUAUUAUUCAAUCUGCAUAUAACAAACAGAGUUGAUAUUGAGCUUCUCUCAUCAUCAAUUUGCAGCUCUGUUUAAAGAUAAGUUCACUGAAUUUUUUUUUUUUUUUAUUUUCAAUUUUCUACUACUGUUCGUCUUCAGGUGAGAAGUGAGCGGUAUUUGCCUCCAAUAAAUUAUACUAAGGUUAAGCACGGUAGUAUUAGAAAUUUAGAAUAGCGUGUUGUGAAACUUAAACCAAAUGGUCCAAAUCCAACUGUAAACUAUCUGCAUAAAUUGAAAUUGAGGUAGAGUUUAUGAAAUCAAUAUGAGUAUGUGAUUUUUUAUGUGAAUUUUAAAGCAAUUCAUAUCUUGCUUGAUUAUACCAAUGUUUUCAUUUGUGGGUAAUUCUAGCCGAGCAAAAGGAAAAACAUUUCUCUUCAUUUGUUUGGUAAAAUGUUUUUGGUUGUUUUAAGUUCGCUUUGUUGAUUUUUUUUUUUUUUUUUUUUCCUUUUCUUGUAAUGGCUAUAGAUGCAGAACCAGAACCAGAACCAGCAAAGGUGACAGUGUAGGGUAAUGAUCCACUCUCAUAAAAAGCUUAUGAAUUCCAGAAAAGAUUCAGAGUUAUUGCAAAGCAAUUUUGUUUUAUUUCAAUGACUACUCCGUAAAAUCUAAUUUUUCUAAGAUCUUCAACUCCCUUUUUAUUUUUUGGAGAAAAAUUUAGAAUCUUUAUCAUCAACUACUCUAUCUGAACAUAUAAAUGGAAACGAUGUUAAAUUCAUGUUGCGUUUGGGAGCA